AUGAAAUCCCUGGAAGCCGCGGAGAGGCGAACUUUGUCUGGAAAUGCAAGCUUUGCCAAGUCAAAAACCCAUUCCGCCUCUAUCGUCGCAGGCCCAAAUGUGUACGAAGCAGACGAAAAGCGCAAGGGCCGGAAAGUGAUCGACAUUGACUGCCGCGGCCUUGAAUUUACCGAUUUCAAAGCUGAUGGCGAAUGGGAGGCUAAGGGCACCGAGUCUUCCACUCCAUUCAUGGCCAUCGACUUGUCUGAGAGCGAGUGGUAUGACUAUGAUGAGAAAGCUGAAGAUGAAGUUUCCAUCAAGGAAAUUACCUGGAAGUUCCAACCAGUCAACCCCCGCCCUUUCUUGCAGACAAGGGUCGGUACGGAGAUGGUUAUUCGUCUCAAGUGGGGUCAAACCGAGUACAAGGGCAAGCUGGAGAGCAUCGACUCGUACAUGAACGUGCUAUUGCGGGACACGGAAGAGUUCAUUGAUGGAAAGAACACAGGAACUCUUGGCCUUGUGCUUAUUCGGUGUAACAACAUUCUCUGGAUGGGAUCGGCAGACAACGUCGAGAUGACGGACCUGGGGCUGCGGUAG